GUGCCAACGUGCAAUACCGCCGCCAUUGAGCGGUCAAAAAAGGUCUCGCAUGGCUCCGUUCUUCGCUCGCAUAAGCCCGGAAGGGUGCGAACCCAUGAAAAGCAUCGCGGUUUUGGGCUGGAGGCGACCUUCUAAGCAGACGGGUCGGCUAUAAUAUCAUAGCACGGACUAUGUAUGACAUGAUCAUGUUGCAUCCUCCGCGACCCCUACCAUGAAUCUCGGCUCCUUGGUCUCUUCCACUUACCAGCAAUUCGUCGUGCGUAUUUGCCAUCCGCGUUACCAGAGACCACCAAUCGGGCAUGCAACGUGGCUGACGCAGCGAUUCCAAGAGAAGGAAAAUGUGGAGUAUGGAAAGAACAGCGUAAAGAUUCAAGAACAAUAGCUUAAAGAGGACGAAAACACAUACUACAACACCCAUCAGAGUACUUCAAAUUGUGUCUAGAGGUGGUGCGGCGGACACAUCUCAGAAAGAACCACGGCUCUGCCAGCUCCCGAAGGAGUCGGCAGAUCGAGUACCUACUGCUGAGCUCGUUGUCUCAUCAUCUGGGUUUUUAGUUGUGUUGAGAAGAAAAGAGAAAAGAAGUCUGUUUGCAAGUGCUCAGGUAAGAAAAACAUCGUUGGCGUCCCGCACAGGCCAGGCUUCGUCGUGGUAGGUCGAACGUGACAUCGGCUACGAUCGGCCCGAUCUGAGCAUCCCGUUGACGUUGUGGUAUGACUAUUACAGCUUCAGAUACUUGCUAUUCACAGCACGUCACAACGUCCAUUGUCGAAUUUCUGUUCUGCAAUGGCGACUCUGCGGAGUACCUGUAAGGCUUCGCGCUCGCUGCUGUCGCAAGCACGGCCGACGCCUGCGAUUCUCAACUCUGCUCGAGGCUCAUGGCAGAGGCGGGGUCUCUCAGAUGGCCAGCAGAAGCUGUUGUCUGCAGAUCUGAAAGAUGCUGAUCCGACCGUCUACAAUAUCAUUGAGAAGGAGACGAGGAGACAAAAGAACUUCAUAAAUUUGAUACCUUCCGAAAAUUUCACAUCCCAAGCCGUCCUAGAUGCUCUUGGAAGUGUUAUGCAAAACAAGUACUCGGAGGGCUAUCCUGGAGCAAGAUACUAUGGCGGGAAUGAGUACAUCGACGAGGCUGAGAGGCUCUGUCAGGAGCGAGCACUCCAAACGUUCAGGCUGAAUCCCGACGAGUGGGGUGUAAACGUGCAACCGCUCUCUGGUUCACCAGCCAAUCUCUAUGCCUACUCCGCGCUCCUAAACACUCAUGAUCGCCUCAUGGGCCUCGACCUCCCCCACGGUGGCCAUCUGUCCCACGGUUACCAAACGCCAACAAAAAAGAUUUCAGCCAUAUCUAAAUACUUCGAGACAAUGCCAUACAGGCUGGAUGAGAAGACGGGCCUGAUCGAUUACAAGAAGCUUGAGGAAAUGGCCGCGUUGUACAGGCCGAAGCUUAUCGUCGCGGGGACGUCUGCAUACAGCAGGUUGAUCGAGUAUGAUACCAUGCGUAAGAUUGCCGAUAGCGUGGGCGCGUACCUGCUGUCAGAUAUGGCGCAUAUAUCUGGACUAGUUGCUGCUGGCGUAAUUCCAUCGCCCUUCCCAUACUCAGAUGUUGUGACGACAACAACACACAAGUCCUUGCGCGGCCCCAGAGGUGCCAUGAUCUUCUAUCGUAAGGGCGUGAGGAGCAAGGACAAGAAGGGAGUAGAGAUCAUGUAUGAUUUGGAAGGACCGAUCAACUCGUCCGUUUUCCCAGGACACCAGGGUGGUCCACAUAAUCACACGAUCACCGCGCUGGCGGUUGCGCUGCAGCAAGCGCAAACACCAGAAUUCAAGGAGUAUCAACAGACAGUUCUAUUAAAUGCAAAAGCAUUGGCCGAGCGCCUUGGAAAUCCAAAAGAAUCCGGUGGCUUGGGUUACGACAUCGUCAGCGGCGGUACGGACAACCAUCUCGUGCUUGUAGACCUGAAGAGCAAGGGCGUGGAUGGCGCACGCGUCGAGCGUGUCCUCGAACUUGCCGGCGUGGCAAGCAAUAAGAACACCGUUCCUGGCGAUAAAUCCGCUAUGAAGCCUGGCGGUUUGAGAAUGGGUACACCUGCCAUGACGACUCGUGGAUUCCAACCAGAGGACUUCAAGCGCGUGGCUGAUAUCGUGCACCGCGCUGUGAGCCUGACUCAGCAGCUGGACAAGAGCGCAAAAGAGGCUGCUACUGCGAAGGGCCGCAAGAACCCUGACAGUGUGGCGGCAUUCAAAGAGUAUCUAGGCGAAGGCGAGGAUAUCACUGAUCUUGUGCAGCUAAGGCACGAAGUUGAAGAUUGGGUUAGCACGUUCAGUCUACCGUGGGACAAGCCAACGUAGAUCGCUCGCUGAGGAGAAUCUGGCUAUUUCCUGAACGUGGCGCUACGAAUGCAAAGGCUCCGUGACGGCUGGCAUUACGAGCAAUGCACAUGACUUGGAAACACGGCGGGCGCAUUCUCUUAUAUCUUUCAGUUUGAAUGUACAUAUGCAAAAAAUGAGUGAGUGCUUCAUUUCUCGACUUUUGGUAGUGGAGAACAAUAGCAAGGGUUUACGUUUGUGAACGACUUCUCACUUUUGCAAGCCGCGGCGAGACUUCCCUGAUUAUGGAAUAAUGAUUGGUAUUGUUCAUCUGAGAUCCGGUAAUUUUGUAGUCUCGCCACAGAUUCAUAUAACAGUUGGUUUAUAUCUCUCAGUUCUUUCAAAUUUUUACAUGUUCUUGCAAUCCUUAA